AUGUCCCAAUCUAAAAGCAUCCUGCUACGUAUACCACUUGAAGUGCGACAAGACAUCUACUCAUACAUUCUCCCUCGCCAAAUCCACGUCUGGCUGCGCGACGAUCGCCUCCACGUCUCGAGGUGUCUGGAUCCAGACCUCGAUAAGAGAAGCAGUAACUUCCCACACGAGACUGACGCCAAACCGUAUGACGGCAGCGAACGAGCGCCCGCCUCCGUGUGGGAUCUUAAAAGAAACUACUCGGAAGUGGAAUGGGAGAGACGAGCUAGGUCGGCUUGGGGUCCGCAUUGGAUGUGCGAGGAGCAUGAUGAGAUCAUGGAUCUGUGGUCUCGCACCAUCAUUGUCAAUGUCGCCGACUUGGACACUCUUCUUUUCUUAACAGCACAGGGCUUUGCACCGUCUCAUCCUAUCCUGCGAAACGGUAUCAAGCGUUUGAGCAUCACUUUGCGGCUCCCAUUCCAGUUCUUCCAGUCCAUAGAGGAAACGACAGACCGAGAUAACGUAGGAGAGACUUCACCCACCGUGCAGUCCUGGCGCCAAAUCUGUGCCGCGCCGUUCCUCCAAAAUCUGACGACACUGCACUUGUGGUUCGACCAUACUGCGACCCGCACCUGGUCGCUUGUCAACGAGCGUUCUCUUCUCGAUGCUCUCCUUUCCUCACUCCCUCACACCGUCCGAGUCGUAGUAAUGCUGCCAAAACUGCACCCCCUCCAUGAACAUCCAGACCGACACUUUCUCAACGCGCGGAUUAGUACAACGGCGUCAUUGUACCGCAAACUACGCCAACGAUGGCGAUACAAUGAUACUUCCGACCACUUCGACCACUUUCCGGAUUUUCCGUACUACUUCGAUGUAUGGGAGAUGUGGGACGUACCGCAACGAGAAGAGUAUGAGCGCGAGGUGUGGGACGUACCGCAACUAGAAGAGUAUGAGCGCGAGAUGUGGUUGGCCGGAAAAGACAUGGAAAGAUUUGCAGAAAUGGAGAGAAACCCGUAUUGCACAUUGGGUAAUAUUUGA